AUGUCGUGGCAGCAAUACGUAGAUGGAAAUCUUGUCGGCACGCAAAAGGUAUCCAGAGCCGCGAUCAUGGGAGUGAACGGCGGGAUAUGGGCGAUAAGUGCAGGUUACCAACUCACUCCGGAAGAGCAGAGAGCGAUCAUUGGGUCUUUCUCCAACUCUGAAGCCACGCAGGCUUCAGGCAUCAAGCUCAAUGGACAGAAAUUCUUCACUCUUCAGGCUGACGAGGGGAAGGUGUAUGGGAAGAAGGGGCCUAAUGGAUGCGUUAUCGUGCGCACUGUACAGGCGAUCCUCGUCACGGAAUACGACGCUCCUGUACUCCCAGGCGAAGCGACUAAGGUUGUCGAGGAGCUUGCCGAUUAUCUGCGAUCACUCAAUUUCUAG